ACUGUUAUCUGGACAGCCAUUCCCGAACUCUGAAUGGACAAUACACUAGCAGCAACAAGAUGACACGUUCAUACUGCCAGAAGUUUUGUGCAAAAGGAAAUUACAUCUACUAUGGUGUUGAAGCUGGAAAUUGGUGUUAUUGUGGGAAUUACAAGACAAGAGAGGUCAUGAAGCAGUCAUCUGCCUGUAACCACAAAUGUACUGGAGAUAGUAACCAGAAAUGUGGAGGAGCUUGGGCAAUUAACAUCUUCGCCAAUCCAGAAUACAAGACCCCAGAUAAAUGGACAGAAGGUAGCAAUGGAGAAUACUUAGGAUGUUUCCAAGACCAGGCUAGCAGAACUUUUACUGGACUUCACUACAGAAGCAAUAGCAUGACAAUUGAGCGCUGCAAAUCUUAUUGCCAGAGCUACUCAAUGUAUGGUCUUGAGGCCACCACAGGAUGUUGGUGCGGACACUACUUCAAAACAAGAGUUCCAAAACCGGAUUCAGAUUGUAACAUGAAGUGUAGAGGAAAUUCUGCUCAGACUUGUGGAGGAGCCUGGAGAAUGAGUGUUUACAAAAACCCAAACUACCAGCCAAGCUGUUGAGAAAAGAUGCAGCCAGUGUCAAAGGAACAGACGUCGGACUAAUUAUAAAGCAAUAAUUAUUAAUCAG